AUGUCGCUCUCCAAGCCCUGCCGCCUCCUCGCCAUCCCGCCCGAGCUUCGUAACCACAUCUACAGCCUCCUCCUCUCCUCAUCCACCACCAUCAGAGUGACACACGAGGGGAUCACCAGGCCGCGGCCAUGCAAGCUCGUCUUCCCGAACGAAGACCCCAGCCACCAGACCACGAACAUCAUCGCCACGAACCGCCAAGUGCAGCAAGAAGCGGCGGCAAUCCUCUAUGGCAACAAUACCUUUCUCUUCGUGUCAACAAGAGCGUUGACGGUCUUCCUAGCGCAUGUCAGCCGCUCAGCGCGCUGUCUCAGAUCCGUCACACUUGACGCGCUUGACUGCGAGCGUGAUGUACUCCGCUUUUCGGCAAACAUGCUCACGCAAGUAACCGCACUUUCUUGCUUGACUAUCAGAGUAUCGCGAUACUAUCCAGAUGAGGCGCCAGAAAUUGCUUCAGACCUUCUGCCACUUGUACGGACGCUUUACAACGCACGCAUGCAGAGCAAAAUCACAGAUAUCCUGGAGAUCAUCAAGAUCGUGCCUGACGGUGAAGAGACGCAGUUGGUCAGGAUCGAUGUAAAGACCGCAGUUGGUAUUGAGCUAAGCACAUCCAAAGACCAGAAGUUCAAGGCGUGGGUAGACGACAUCAAGACUCAUUUGGCGGAGAUAGUGGCGGAUGAGAAUGGCGAUGGCGUGGUAAGUAUGAAGUGA